AUGACGAAAUUUGCUCUUGCAAAAGUAAGACUGCUUGCUCCGCGGACCGCUGCUUACGAGCCCCAAAGUGGCUGGUCGGAAGUAGGCAGACGAACAGUGGAAGGAGGAGUAGAGGAGGAGGAGGAGGAGGAGGAGGAGGAGGAGGAGGAGGAGGAAGAGGAGGCAGAACGCCAUAGUAUCUAG